AUGGGAGUUUCGGACGAUUUGGACUGCAUCAAUUUAACUGCAAACACAUCAAACACUGCACCCACUAUACCUAGUAGUUUAGGAAGUCAAGGGAAGAGGAAGAGAGGUCAAGGGUUUGAUGAGUACAAGAAGCAAAAAAUGCCAUCGACAAAAAGAAUAGCAGAUGCAGUAAGUUUGAUUGCUACUGCUUCAAAGGAUAUAGCAGAGGCAGUAAACAAAAUGUCUAAUAGUGAUAUCACUACUGAGCUUACCACUGAUCUACUGAGUAUGGAGGAAAUUACUAGUGACACUCAUUUUUAUGUCAUCGACUGUAAUCUUCUAGCAAACAAGACUUUCAAGGACAUAUAUGCAGGUCUGAGAGUAAAUCAGGGGAUAUUAAUAGCUUGGUUGAAGUACAAUACUGAAAACCCACCGCCAUAUGCUGCACCCAGUUGUGUCGAGUGA